AUGUCUUCAGUCCCGUAUUUCAAACUGAACACAGGCGCGUUGAUGCCCGCGGUCGGGCUGGGCGGCUGGAGCGGCGUUACGAAGGAGCAGCGCGCGGAGGCGACGGCUUGGAUGCUUACCGCCUUAGAAUCUGGCUAUAAGUUGAUCGAUACUGCAUGGGGAUACGGCACUGAGCAGUACGUUCGGGAAGCUAUUAAGCAGUCGGGUAUACCUCGAGAGAACAUUUGGAUUACCACCAAGUUGCCAUGGAACCAUCCGGGUUUGCGGGCCGUAGAAGAGUCCCUGCGAGACAGUCUGAACAAAUUGGGUACUGAAUAUGUCGAUUUGUACCUGUUGCACUGGCCCCAGGUGAUUGACUGGCCUGACGAGGACCCGGAGUAUGAUGGCCCCUUCGCUAUCCGUGAUUCUCCUACUUUCAAUGAAACGUGGGCCGGAAUGGAGAAAGUGUAUGCAGCCGGAAAGGCUAAGGCCAUUGGUGUCAGCAACUUCUCAGUGAAGAAUCUUGAGAAAUUGCUCACCACAGCCAAAGUGGUUCCCGCUGUCAAUCAGGUCGAACUGCACCCCUAUCUCGCACAGUCGGAGUUGAAAGCCUACUGUGACGUAAAGGGCAUUGUGUUGACGGCAUACACACCCACGGGUUACGCCACUGUGCGUUCCGACCCACUGAUCGUGGAGCUUGCAGAGAACUACAAGGUCACUCCCGGGCAAGUUGUUCUCGCAUGGCAUGUAGCGCGUGGAGUCUCUGUCGUACCCAAGAGUUCCAACGCCAAAAGGCAAAGGGAUAACAUCAACCUGUCGACAUUGGACCCGGAGGAUAUCAAGCGGAUCAAUGGUCUUGAUCGAAACGAACGUCUCUGCAACAAGCCUGACGAGAAGGGCCUUGUGUCCGGCUGGACCAUGGAGCAGAUGGGAUGGCCGAUAUGGUACAAGUCUGUCCUUCGUUUUACUCACGAUCCCACAGAUACCUCUGCCAUCAUGAACGUCACGUUGUCUCGACUUGAUUCUCUGUACCUCGCCAAGGUGGCCGAUCAGGCGGAAAGGUAUCACGAUGUGAUAGCCCAGCUCAAGACCGUUAUUUCAGCCAACGAUGCUCAACUUACCGUUGACGAGCGCAAUCUGCUGUCCAUCGCCUACAAGAACAUCACGUCCUCUCACCGCGGCAGUUGGCGCACUAUCGAUACAUUACAGAAGCACGCCCGCGGUGGCCUUGCGAAGCAUGUUGCACUCAUGCUAGUAGAAAAAGAGCGAAUCGAGCAGGACUUGGCCGACAUUUGCAGGGAUGCUGUGGACUUGCUGGAGCAGAUUCUGAUACCCGCUGCAAACUCUGGAGAAGAGAAAGUCUUCUAUUGCAAGAUGAAAGGCGACUACUAUCGGUAUCUCGCGGAGAUAUCACACCAAGAACUGCACGAGCAAUACUCGGCCAGUUCGCUUGAGGCGUACAAAUCUGCAUAUGGGCAUGCGCUGGGCACACUAGAGCCCGUGCAUCCCACACGUCUCGGCCUGGCGCUGAAUUUUGCUGUCUACUACCACGACAUCGUCGAGAGUCCUGAAAGGGCGUGUUUCAUCGCCAAGCAUGCCUUUGAUGAGGCGAUCGCUGUAGCAUCGGACCCGUCGUACUCUGGGCCAAGUCUAGAGGAUACUCUGGUGAUUCUUCAGCUUCUGAGGGAUGACUUGUUACUCUGGUCAGGGGAGAUUAGUACAGAGUAG